UAAAAAGACUCGAAUUGGAAACGACGACAGACGACUUCUCCUUUGUCACAUUCAACUGGUUCCGCUAUCGUCUUCUUCUUCUUUCUCCAUAAAACUUAGGGUUUUCAGAAACCCACUUUACCAAAUCAACAACGCGUUCCCAUUUCCGGUACCUUGAUUCUCUCCUCUGCAGCUUCGUUUCGCCGAAUUGGAAAAUCGAUAAUCGCAGGACACGAAACCUAACCUUGGAAUUAGAAGAAAAUGUCUAUGGUUGAUGAGCCACUAUAUCCAAUAGCAGUGCUUAUAGACGAGCUGAAAAACGAUGACAUCCAGCUGCGGUUGAACUCAAUUCGCAAGCUAUCCACGAUUGCUCGUGCGCUUGGGGAGGAGCGAACUCGUAAGGAGUUGAUACCGUUUUUGGGUGAGAAUAAUGAUGAUGAUGACGAGGUGCUUCUUGCAAUGGCGGAAGAGUUGGGGGUUUUCAUUCCGUUUGUUGGGGGAGUGGAGCAUGCCCACGUGUUGCUCCCGCCUUUGGAGACGCUUUGCACUGUUGAGGAAACGUGUGUGAGGGAUAAAGCUGUGGAAUCACUUUGUCGAAUUGGACCUCAGAUGAGGGAGAGUGAUUUGGUUGAGUAUUUCAUUCCUCUGGUCAAGAGAUUGGCAGCAGGUGAAUGGUUCACUGCCCGAGUGUCUGCAUGUGGACUAGUUCAUAUUGUUUACCCAAGUGCACCAGAAAUGUCAAAGACAGAGUUGAGAUCAAUAUACAGUCAGCUGUGUCAAGAUGACAUGCCAAUGGUUAGAAGGUCUGCUGCAUCAAAUCUUGGGAAGUUUGCUGCAACUGUUGAAUAUGCUCAUUUGAAGGCAGACAUCAUGUCAAUUUUUGAGGAUCUUACUAAGGAUGAUCAAGACUCCGUUAGAUUGUUGGCUGUGGAGGGUUGUGCUGCUCUUGGCAAGCUGUUGGAGCCACAAGACUGUAUCACUCACAUACUUCCAGUGAUCGUUAACUUCUCGCAGGAUAAGUCUUGGCGUGUGCGAUAUAUGGUUGCAAAUCAAUUGUAUGAGCUCUGCGAAGCUGUUGGCCCUGAACCUACCAGAACGGAAUUGGUCCCUGCUUAUGUGCGGUUGCUUCGAGACAAUGAGGCUGAAGUACGGAUUGCAGCUGCAGGGAAAGUGACAAAGUUUUGCCGGAUUUUAAAUCCAGAUCUUGCAAUUCAGCAUAUUCUUCCUUGUGUGAAGGAAUUGUCAUCUGAUUCUUCGCAGCAUGUUCGCUCUGCUCUGGCAUCAGUAAUAAUGGGAAUGGCUCCAGUAUUAGGAAAGGAUGCAACAAUUGAGCAGCUUCUUCCUAUUUUCCUUUCCCUUUUGAAGGAUGAAUUUCCUGAUGUGCGCCUAAACAUCAUAAGCAAGCUUGAUCAAGUGAAUCAGGUUAUUGGAAUCGAUUUGUUAUCUCAAUCUUUACUACCAGCCAUUGUUGAGCUUGCUGAGGACAGGCAUUGGAGGGUUCGGCUUGCAAUCAUAGAGUAUAUACCCUUAUUGGCAAGCCAAUUGGGGGUUGGGUUUUUUGACGAUAAGCUUGGUGCUCUUUGCAUGCAGUGGUUACUGGACAAGGUUCAUUCAAUUCGUGAGGCAGCUGCUAACAACUUGAAGCGCCUGGCAGAAGAAUUUGGUCCUGAAUGGGCUAUGCAGCACAUAAUUCCACAGGUUUUGGAGAUGAUUAGCAAUCCACACUAUUUGUAUCGGAUGACCGUUCUUUAUGCUAUCUCUUUGCUUGCUCCUGUCAUGGGCUCUGAAAUCACAAGCUCAAAAUUAUUGCCUGUUGUUGUUGCUGCAUCAAAAGACAGAGUACCCAAUAUUAAGUUCAACGUGGCAAAGGUCUUGGAGUCCAUCUUCCCCAUAGUUGAUCAACCCGUUGUGGAAAAGACAAUCCGUCCAAGUCUUGUCGAGCUCAGUGAGGAUCCUGAUGUUGAUGUAAGAUUUUUUGCCAAUAAAGCUCUCACGGCCAUUGAUCAUGUCAUGAUGUCUAGCUAGGCAGCAAUCUUGAACACGCUUUUAAGUUGAUGAUUUCUGUAGAAAAUGGUAAUAUAUUUCAGAAUACUUGUAUUUCACUUGGCGCUUCUCAGCAAUAGUGAGUGACAUGAUCAGUCAUUGACGAUUAUGUGUGAUUUUGUCCCAAUGUAUGUAUACUAGUAGUAGUUUUCCAAAAUUAUCUUGUCUAGCUAGGAUCUUUAUUUUUGUUUCAUAGCUUACUGGUGACUGCUAAAAUUGUCUUGUCUUACUAGUGAUUAAAAUUUUGUAAGUUGGACAUAAUUAAAGUUCAAUAUCGCUCACCAAAUUAACACGUAACUUUAACAUCGAUUAAUGAUA